AUGAUUACUGUGGUACGUGCCCAACAAGUCUUAUACAAAUCCAAACGCUUUAACAACAUAUCAUGGAUAUGUCGGCGUCCCAAUUCAUCAACCCCAACUUUAACAACACCUGAAGUAGCUCGUCAAUCCGGCCAAAAAGCAGCCGAUGCUACUAAGAAAGCACUUACUGGUACACCUUACAAAAGUCUUUCAAUCGGUGUACCGAAGGAAACGUUUUUGAAUGAAAAACGUGUUGCUCUUACGCCAGCGGUCGUAUCAGCGCUCGUUAAAAAAGGUUUCACAUUGAAUGUCGAAGAGAAUGCAGGCAACGGCGCAUCUUUUCACAAUGAAGAUUAUAAAAAUGCUGGAGCAAAAAUUGUUUCACGUAAUGCUGCAUACUCAUCGAACAUUAUUCUUAAAGUUCGACAACCAAGUCCUGAAGAUAUCAGCGUAUUGCAAGACAAAUCAACAUUGAUUUCAUUUAUAUAUCCAAUACAAAACAAAGCUAUCGUUGAUGCACUUGCUAAAAGAAAUGCAACUGUUUUUGCUAUGGAUUGUAUUCCACGUAUUUCUCGAGCACAAGUCUUCGAUGCGCUUAGUUCAAUGGCAAAUAUUGCUGGAUAUAAAGCUGUUAUUGAAGCAGCUAAUAAUUUUGGCAGAUUUUUUACAGGCCAAAUAACUGCAGCUGGAAAAUCGCCACCAGCCAAAAUCUUAGUCAUUGGCGGAGGAGUUGCUGGUCUCAGUGCGAUCGGAACAGCUCGAAAUAUGGGUGCUGUGGUAAGAGCAUUUGAUACACGUCCGGCAGUCAAAGAGCAAGUACAAUCAAUGGGUGCAGAAUUUCUUGAAUUGACCUAUAAAGGCAGCGAGAGUGGUGAAGGAACAGGUGGUUAUGCCAAAGAAAUGUCACCAGAAUUUAUUGAAGCUGAAAUGGCUUUAUUUGCUAAGCAAGCCAAAGAAGUUGAUAUUAUUAUUACAACAGCUUUAAUUCCAGGCAAACCGGCUCCAAAACUUAUCUCAAAAGCAAUGAUUGAGAGUAUGAAGCCAGGCUCAGUUGUUGUGGACUUAGCUGCUGAAGCUGGCGGCAAUAUUGAAACAACUCGUCCAGGAGAAACAUAUGUUUAUAAAAACGUAACACACGUUGGUUACACGGAUCUUCCAUCGCGUUUAGCAGCACAAUCGUCAAGUUUAUAUGCAAAUAAUAUUUCAAAAUUUCUUCUAUCAAUCGGUAGUCAAGAUCAAUACUAUAUUGAUUACAGUGACGAAGUCGUACGCGGCUCAAUUAUUUUACGUGACGGUGCAUUGAUGUAUCCACCACCGCCACCACCGAAAGUUGACGCUGCUCUAUCAAAAACACCUAAAGUAGACGCUAAAGCUGCCGCCAAAGCCGCCGCUGCCGCUUUACCACCGAACUAUUUUGCACAAUAUUUAAAAGACUCUUUAUUAUAUACAACUGGUAUUGGCGCUCUUUUUGGCUUAGGUAUUAUUUCACCGAAUGCACAAUUUGCAAAUAUGAUCACCACAUUCGCUCUAUCGGGUAUUGUUGGCUAUCACACAGUUUGGGGUGUACAACCAGCUUUACACAGUCCUUUGAUGAGUGUCACAAAUGCUAUUAGUGGUAUUACAGCUGUCGGUGGUUUACUAUUAAUGGGUGGUGGAUAUUAUCCACAAACCAUUCCACAAGGUUUGGCUGCUGGUGCCGCAUUUAUAUCAAGCAUUAACAUUGGUGGUGGCUUUAUUAUUACACAAAGAAUGUUAAACAUGUUCAAACGACCAAACGAUCCACCUGAAUACAAUUAUUUAUAUUUAAUACCUGGUGCCGGUUCAGUUGCAUUCUACGGAUGGGCUAGUCAACAAGGAUAUCAUGACAUCAAUCAUUUAGCCUAUUUAGCAGCUUCACUUUGUUGUGUCGGUGCUCUCGGUGGAUUGAGUAAUCAAAAAACAGCUCGUCUUGGUAAUUCACUUGGUAUGAUUGGUGUUUCAUUAGGCUUGGCUGCAACUCUUGGUGCAAUUCAUUUGGAUAUGCCAUUAGUUACACAAAUCGGUACAACAAUGGCCACUGGCGGUUUACUUGGUGCAAUCGUUGCUCGUCGAAUUGCCAUUACGGAUCUUCCUCAGUUAGUUGCUGCUUUUCAUUCACUUGUCGGUAUGGCUGCAGUCCUUACUUGUAUUUCACAUUACAUCACAGAAUGUGAACAUUUCGCUCACGAUCCAGCUGCAUCAGUCAUUAAAACAGCACUAUUUUUGGGUACAUUCAUCGGUGGUAUCACAUUUUCUGGUUCAAUCAUUGCCUAUGCUAAAUUACAAGGCCUUAUGAGUGGUUCUCCAAUUAUGUUACCAGGUCGUCAUGCAAUAAAUGGAGGCUUAGCACUUGCUAAUGUUGGUGCCUUAACCUACUAUAUGAUGAGUGCUGAUCCAAUUAUUGGUCUUUCAAUGUUAGGCAUAACAUCAGCUUUAUCAACAACAAUGGGUUUAACAUUAACAGUAGCCAUCGGUGGUGCUGAUAUGCCUGUUGUUAUUACUGUACUCAAUUCCUAUUCAGGCUGGGCAUUAUGUGCUGAAGGUUUCAUGUUAAACAAUUCAUUGAUGACCAUUGUCGGUGCACUCAUUGGCAGCAGUGGUGCAAUUCUAUCAUAUAUUAUGUGUAAAGCAAUGAAUCGUUCAUUACCUAAUGUCAUUCUUGGUGGUUAUGGUACGGAUUCAACUGGUACUGGACAAGCCAUGCAAAUUACUGGUACACAUACUGAAGUCAAUAGUGAUCAAACAGUUGAUCUUAUUAAAGAAGCCUCAUCAAUUAUUAUCACACCUGGCUAUGGUUUAUGUGUUGCUAAAGCUCAAUAUCCAAUUGCUGAAAUGGUUGAAAUUUUACGAAAACAUGGCAAAUCAGUUCGUUUUGCUAUUCAUCCAGUAGCUGGUCGUAUGCCUGGUCAAUUGAACGUUUUAUUAGCUGAAGCUGGUGUUAGUUAUGAUAUCGUUCAUGAGAUGGAAGAAAUUAAUCAUGAAUUUACCAAUACUGAUCUUGUUCUCGUUAUUGGUGCCAACGAUACAGUUAAUUCAGCUGCUGAAGAAGAUCCAAACAGCAUUAUUGCUGGUAUGCCCGUACUUAAAGUUUGGCUUGCUAAACAAGUGAUUGUUAUGAAACGAUCUCUUGGUGUUGGCUAUGCCGCUGUCGACAAUCCAAUUUUCUUCAAACCAAAUACAUCGAUGUUGCUGGGUGAUGCUAAGAAGACAUGCGACAAAUUAUUGGCCAAACUCAAAACUGAUUAUGAUGAUGGAGGAUCCAGCAGUGGUUCAGAGUCAUCCAAAGCGCAUUAA